AAGAAAGGAACACUCACAGACACGGACAAUCCGUGUCUGACAGUGUUCCUUUCUUUAGUGUGUGUGUUUUUGGCGCUGCUGUUAUGCCUGCAAUAAAUGACCAGCUCGCCCAGGAACUGGUUUUACUGUAGUAUAUUUCAUCUACAGUGGGCCCUUCUUUCUUUGUUAACCAGCAAUUUCCUUCCGUUGCAGCGAUUGUCCAUGUCGGCUCUUGUCGCUCAAAUGAGGUUGAUGGCGGGGGAUUCAUUCAUCCUGUUUUUUGGCCUGACGUUUGUGAACACGAGGGGUCGCUUUCCCGCCGACAAGACCGCUGAAGUCAUCAAGGGCAUCACCUCGAAUGUGAACCUCGUCAUCGUGAGAAGCGAUAGGGUAGAAACUGGAGCCUGCAACCCGCAACCAUUGAGCGUGUGGAAGCCCGUGCGAGGCCAUCCCAGUGCAAUUGCCUCGACGAUUACACACAGCAAACUUAUCUUGAAGAAUUUGGCCAAUUUACGAAGAACCAUCGUGGCCAUGUCGUCGAACAUGGCCCUGAAAGUAUACAACGUCGUUGCUAACCGCCUCAUCGACUCCAGCAAUAUGAGUCAAGGAAAUUCAAGCGAAGACGACGUCAGCGGACGCAUCGCGUGCUCCGUUGAGAUCCUGUGCAUCGCAGAGCUGUGCAACCUGACUGGAUGGGAGGAAAAUGGCGCUGGUAAGGAGAAGCCAAAUGGUGCCCGUUACGAGAGCUACACCGGCGCGCAGAACAUUACCAUUAUACGUACGUACGAGACUCAAUCGACGAUCGUGCACACGCUUAACCGAACGUGGAUUAAAACGCGGGACUCUUUCCAGAAGUGCUCUCACUUGUGCAGGCUUUGCCUCAGUAGCUCUCCCUUCAUGGCCACAGAAAGUUGUCUAUCAAGAACGUGCUCAAGGAUAUGCCAAAGGAGAGCGAAGCAAUAUUUGGAUGGACUUUGGUUGACAUGAACUUUGAGGACAGUGUCGGUCAGAAAUGCCCACUGUACACCAAGUCGACGGGUGCUUUCGCGAGAACUAAAGCUGUGCGUCUUGAAAUAGGAAAACAACACCCAUACGCGCUGCGAAAGCUGCUCGAACCUUACUGACUAUGGACAUAUGUUUCGAGCAGGGGACUGCUUUUCAAUGUGUCUUCAAAUAUCAAGUUCCUAUGUCCGGCUGCUGUCACCAGCAAAUCCUAAGCUGCAAUGAUUGAAACAGUGUGCUUUUAUAUAUAUAAACGUUGAUGUACCAAUGUCACUCUGUUUGGACAGUUACGCCAGCACAGGCUGAGUGCAAUUUUUGAAGCUUUGUGAAGGACGAACUAUACCAUAUCGGGAUACAAACAUGGCAAUAAAUAAUCAUCCUUAGAG